UUUCUAGGUUAUUGACUGUGAUAUUUUUAUGACCAACCCUAAUGUAUUGAGAAUCUUGAUGGCUGAAGAAAAAACAAUAAUAGCACCAAUGAUAGAAGUGUUUGGUAACAAGUCAGGAUACUCCAACUACUGGGGAGGACUUGAUGAUGAUGGAUAUUAUAAAAGAACCGAUGACUAUUUUCCAGUACUUAACAGAGAAACAACUGGUUGUUUUGAUUUCCCUAUGAUUCAUUCAACAUACCUGAUAGAUUUACGGCGGAACAUUACCAAUAAACUUGUCUACUACCCUCCCCCUGACAGUUACCGAGGAGAAAUCGAUGAUGUACUUAUAUUUGCCUACUCCGCUAGAUCUUCAG